UUAUGUACUGCCAAAAAGUAUCUUGACCAUGUGUUUCACUACACGGGUAACUAUGAAACAUUCAAACAAGACUCAUAAACCAGUUCGUAAACAUAAAUGGGGCUGCAAAAAGUUGUGAUUGAAAACAACUCGCAGUACGUACUUUUUGCGUCUCUUUGUUCGAUAUUAUUCAAUCGUGCUGAUUUGGUCGUAUUUGCGUUCUACAGUUCUACAACAUUGCCUUCCCAGUUGCUGGGGUCGUACGAUGGAUGUGUCCAUCGACAAUAGUAGCGUUGGCGGAGGUGCACCCAGUGGGGUUCAGUCGCUUCCGCCCGAGGUGUUGUACGCAAUCUUCAAAAACCUGCGAAUGCCCGAUCUGGCCUCGGUGCGACAGACAUGCCCGCAAUGGUACGACAUCGUUACCAACAAUCGUUCGCUGAUGAACCGUUUCGUGCUUUCGCUAAGGAGCACCCUGAUAUACGAAGGGUGCACCGAGUGUACAAUGCUGAUGAACACCCGCAGCACCUUUGAGAAGGUGUGCCUGAAGGCAUGCGAAAUCCGUUGGUCCCCGAGCCUGUGGUGGUCCGUGGGGAACCACGUGGUGGAACUAACGCUCAAUGACUGUGUAGUGUACGACGUGGAAACCCUUAUCAACAUGAUGCGCUGCACGCGGACCACCCUCCGGUCGCUGACGCUCAAAUCGAUCAAGUUUCUUACUUACAGCAUCGACAAGGUGCCAUUCGAUUUCCGCAUGGAGCGACUGCAUUCGCUUACCUUCCGGUCGUCGUUCGUGUAUGACGAGUUGUUUCGCGCCUUCAAACAGAUCAGUCCCAACCUGAAGACACUCAAGCUAACGUUUUCCUCGUACGAGCACUGGGGCGAACAAUUGGUUGACUUUGUGGCACAUCACCGAACAACGCUCGAGGCGAUCACACUGAGCUACACCAAGGUUAACAGCGCAAUACUCCAGCAGAUUGGGCGCAUCGAGACGCUCCGGUUACGGAAGGUUUCCCUCAAGUCCUGCUACGAACUGAAGGAACGUGACAUCCUGGAGCUGGCCCGAGCACAACCGUCCAUCGUUCACCUCAACCUGGACAACAUCUUUUCGGCGAACGAACAAUUUCUCCGAGCCCUCAGUGCCUUCCUGCCACAAAUGAAACGCAUCAAGCUGCGCGUCGCCCGGAUCAUGAAUCUGCACCUGUCCUUUUUGGCGCACCUUAAACAGCUCAACUAUCUCAAAAUUACCGACUCCACGCACGUCAAGGGUAACUUGGAUCUGAGCGCGUACGAAAAUCCCGCCCUGGAGAAGCUGUACGUUUCGGCGGCCACGUUUUCGCGCAACAUCCUGCCGCGGUUUUUCGAGCGCUGCCCCAACAUCCGUAGCCUUACGCUGUACCAGUGCACGUACGAGAACAUUCACGAUCUGCAGCUUGCAUUUUCGCACCUGAAGGGCCUGGAGUACCUGAACCUCCAGCGUACGUUCGACAUUGGCGACAGUUUCUUCAACCGUGACGUGUUCGACACCGUUGUGAUGCCGUUCGAGCGGAUACGCUUCUACCCGAUCGCCAACCUGCGAAAGCUGUGCUACCUUAACCUCAGCCACUGUCGGGAUCUGUCGGAUCAGACGCUAAUGGCGCUGAGUUUUCCGCUGCUGAAGAAGAUCGACCUCCGAGGGCUACAUAUCACCGAGGCCGGCAUCGAGUCGAUGGUACGCGAGUGUCCCCUGCUCGAGUACGUCCUCGUCGACGCGUGCAAGCGCAUCUGCGACAAUGCCGUACUGUUUCUGUGUCGAGAUCUGAAAGGAUUAAGGCUUCUGAACCUGGAGGGCUGCAAAGCGAUCACGGAUCUAUCCGUGGAACAUAUCAUGCGUUACUGCCGGAGUUUGGUGUGGCUCAACGUUCUGAACUGUCCGCAACUGACGGUUGAGGCGAAAAAGCGUUUGAGCACGUUACGAUCGUUACGAUCACUACACGAGCAUGUCGAGACGUGAUUGCACAAAGACGGGGCGCACGCCCGACCGCCCCCUACCAACCCGCCGUUCGUGAGGCUCCCUGGAAUGGCCCAGCGCCAUUCGAAGUUUGGUGCAGACAACAAUAAUCGCAUCGCCGAUCGAUGCAGACCCCUCUCCCUCCCCUCCCACGUUUCCCAACGUACUGAAUGCUGUUUUAGAGUGAUGACGACUAUUUAAAAAUACAAAAAGAUGUAAAACGCAUACGCUUGGCUGUUUCACCCCGUUUGGCUUGACUCUGUUUGGCGAUUGUGAAUAUUAGCGUGAAACCCGGAACCGAAGUAGCAAUCGUGACUAGAUGAAUUUAGCGUAAGACAUAUAUUCAUAUAUAUAUUUUUGUGGUUAACCGAAUAAAUUUUCUUAGAAGUGUUUGCGGGGAGGCGUUUUUUCCUUCGAGAAACGAUAAACAAUAAAAUUCGUUCUUA